GUCACUUCUCUCGUGCGUUUCAUUUGUUUGUUAUUUUCCUUUCCUCUAUAUGAAGGUCCAAAUUAAUUCAGUCAGGAAAUGCUCCGUGUCUCCGCUAAAUCUCAGUCCUUUAUCCUCUCAUGUCAGCUUCUUCACCGUCCGAUCACGGCGAUUUCCCUCCCGAUCCUCUUCUCUCCUCUGGAUCCUUCAUCUCUUCCAACAUCUCAACUGACGCCGGAAACCUAGAUCACGGCGUGAAACGGCAGCCGAUCCCUCCUAGAUCCGGGAUGUCGAGCGGUGCGGAUCCGCCGAAGAACACGGCACAGCCGGCGGUGGAAUCGAAAACGCGAAAGCGCGCGGCGCCGGGGGACAACAACUGGUUGCCUCCUGGUUGGAGGGUGGAAGAUAGGGUUCGAACCUCCGGCGCUACGGCGGGUUCCGUCGAUAAGUACUACCAUGAACCAGGUACAGGACGCAAGUUCAGGUCCAAGACCGAGGUCAUGUACUACUUGGAAAAAGGAGCACCUAAAAAGAGCGCCAAAAAAUCUGAGAUCUCCGAUGCUCAAUCAGAUCAGCAUUCAAAAGGCCAAGGAAUAAGCAACAGAUCAGCCAAGAAAGCCAAAGAAACGCCAUUUAGCUUUGACUUUCAUAAUCCACCGGAGAAGGUAAGCUGGGUUUUGACAAACGACUCGGAAGAAGAAUACAGUUGGACUCCCUUCACUGCCAGUGAUGAAAAGGUUCCCGAAUCCAUCGCCCGAGACUGGACUACCGCCUUCUCUAUGGCGACUACGCGUAAUGGCCAGAAAUCUUGAUGGGGGGAUGGAUACUCACUCAGACUCCACACAGGUUAUCAUCUGUCUUAGUGUUUUGUUGUAGGACUUUCUUCAUUCUGUUGCGUUUGCGUUUUUAAACGUAAUUUUUAGCGUUUUGAGAGACUCUGACACGCUGAGUAAAAUGUUUCAAGCUCGUCAAAAGCAUUAGCCAUGGAAUUUA